AUGGAAGCGCCGAGCCUGGACGCACAGGCGGCACCCAUGAGUUCCCAGGCGCCGGACAAGGUCAUCCCGUCGUUUGCAGACUGGAAGGCCCCCCCGCUAUCAUUUCAACCUUUGCUUGGAUUUUCCGAGUCGGUUUUGUACGCGCCUGAUGACAGCCGCGAUCCGCUUGCACCCGAGAACUUCCAAGCGGCUCCUUUGAACCCCUUGGAUGCCAUCCCGAACGGUUUUGCCAUUUUGAAAGUCAUUGGUGGAUCCCCUCAAGAGACCAUCAACCUCAAGGUCCAUAUCGAGGCUGUAUCCAAGGUGUCGGCCUACUUUCGGGCUGUGUUUUCCAGCAACCGCGGCGAGAAGCUGUGGAUCAUUCGCCAAAACCCAGCACAUGUCCACGACAUCAUGUCGAUAGUCCACUACGGACACGUCUCUCUUCACCUCGGAGCACGCAGAGACGGCGAGCACAUUCUCGCUCUAUGCUACCUGGCCCAACAGUACCAGGUUAUAGGCAGCGUCAGACAUGUCUUGCGUGCUCUGAUGCAUGUCGACAGUACCAUGGGCGACAUUGAAUUGUGGUGGAUGUUUCUGGCUGCGGCGUUGUGCCACAACCCUGAGGUCUUCAGGGUGGCAGCCCGAACAUUGCUCUGGAGGUACCAAGGCCCAUUCGCAAAGCUCGCCACGGUGCCAUGCCCAUCUCAAGGAGUCUUAUUCCAACAGUUGCAGUACCAACUCGCAUUCUUUGUGGAAAAUUGUCGCAAUAGGGAGAGCUUUUGGCUUCGUGAGGCAGCAAACAUGGUUGACCCUAAGCUCUGGCAGGAGAUGUUCCCAUAUUCGGUCAAGGGACGGUCAAUAUCGGAGCAAUGGUCCUAUCUGUCGCAAUUCUGUCAAGUGAAGGUUGUCGUUGUGAACGGCUACCGCACACUGGCUGUCGACAAGCAAAAUAUUCCCAAUGAGACGCGAGGCAACAUGAUUUCCUCUCGGCUUCUGUGGAUGGGCUUCUGGGUGCCGCUGAUCUCUGGCACGGCUGGGCAGGAGGCUCCGCCUGGACCAGAGAUGAGGCUGAUUGCCUGUGCCAAACCCGCCAAAGAGAUUUCCAAGCACCUAGAGGCGGAGUGGGAAGCAGCGCGAUCCUCAACCGAGUUCCCCAUGGCAUGGAUCAAACACUGCGCCGACGCACCGGCAUCCGCCUAUCCCUCUAUCAAGCUGCUACGCGGCGACCAGCCGGCGGUAGACUUCCUCGGUCCCCUGACCAGUGACGAGAUCCUGCGCUUCGUCGACCGCGCGCGGCGCUCCUCCCAGGUCCCCUCCAGAGUCCCGGCCGAAGAAGCAGAGUCCUUUGGCAACGUCGACGCCUUUGUCUGCGUCGCUCACCUUGAACCGGGCGAGACGGCACUCCGCAAGGCAUUCGAAACUGUGGCGCAAAAGUACUGGGCUGAAUUCACCUUUGGCGUCGUCGAUGGGUCGGGGACCGCGGAGGCCAGAGUCGUCUGCCGCAAGGGCGACGAUACCAGCACCCACACUACGACUUUGGCAGACGGGCUCGAGGCCUGGGUCCUCGAGGCUUCAAGGCCCGUCAUCGCGGAGCUGACCCCGUUAAACCACCAGCGAUUCAUCGACCGCGCCUGGCCCAUCGUCUACAUAUUCUCCCCCUCCACCCAAGUCCGCGCCUCUAUCCGCGCCUCCCUCCACGACUUUGCAAAGAAGCAGUACGCCUCCCUGACGCCCGUCACUGUCGACCCGAACCGCUUCCCCGACCUCCCCGCCAGACUCGGCCUUGACCCCGGCGUGGACGGGUACCCGGCCGGCGCGGUCCACCAGAUCUCGAACGGGAGGAUCUAUCCGUACCCCAGGGGCAAGGCGUUCACACCGCGCGAGCUGCAGGGGUGGGGGUUGGAUGUGUGGCAGGGACGGGUGAAGCCGUGGACGCCGCUUGGGCAGAAACCUGUUGAGGACGACACGGCCGGGGGGAGGAGCAGCGUAGUGGGCUUGCAUCGCAGCAAGGUGAAGGUGAGGAUUGGCGGGAGGGAACGAGACGAGCUGUGA